CCAGAAUGUCAAAGAGUUCAGUACCACAGAAGUCACGCUACCAUGGAUGUAGAUCCAAGUGUAUCUGAAGAUUCGCAAAAUGGAAGAACUGACAAGUCAAAGGGUAAGAAGCCAAGCCAUGUUGAAGCGGUCCCACGUUUGGACAUAAAGACAUCUAUUUGCUGGAUGGAUGGCUCCGCCUACAAUACCAACCCAAGUACUGGCACAAGUACUCCUGAGAUAGGACCCUAUGACGACCUAGUACCUUCACAAGUCUCUCUCAAGGAAAGAGUUGAAGACGGCUGUAGAUCUUGUUUUUCUUUGGAUACACUGAAGAAGUUGUUCCCCAUUAUUGUCUGGCUUCCUGAGUAUAACUUCCUAAAGUUGGCCUUUGAUCUAGUUGCAGGAAUAACUGUGGGAGUUACCAUCAUACCUCAAGCUUUAGCCUUCGCUGGCAUAGCCGGGCUGGCUCCUCAGUAUGGCUUGUACUCUGGGAUCAUUUGUUGUUUUGUUUAUGUCCUGAUGGGUUCAGCCAAAGACAUCACCCUUGGACCUAGCGCCAUCACAUCUCUACUUACAGCAGCAUUUGCCACGAGUUUGUCUCCUAAGCUGCCCAAUGGAGACACUGACCCAACGAUGGCUAUUAUGUUGACCCUGACCACAGGACUAAUUCAUAUCUUUAUGGGAGUUUGCCAGUUAGGCAUCAUGGUUAGUUUCAUUUCGUUUCCGGUGAUCAACGCUUUCUCUUCGGCAGCAGCAGUAACUAUUGCAGUCAGUCAACUCGGGUCACUUCUUGGUCUGGCAGGAGUCCCUAAUGAAUUUAUUGCAAGUCUGGAUAAUAUCAGAACAAGAAUUCCUGACAUCAAUGUUUGGGACAUGGUGAUGGGACUAGCCUGCAUAGUAGCUGUCUUCACCAUUAAAGGACUUCGUUGCAUUAAGUUCAAAGACAAUAUCGACAAGACCACACCAAAGUACAUCUUGCUUGCACGUCAGACUCUUCACAUCUGUGCUUCUGAAAUUGAUGUUUUCCCAUACCUGGUAACAUUUGCUUCGACGUUGCUGAUAGGAGUUCAGUGGGGAAUAUUUGUUGGUGUAGGCGUGUCUUUGCUGAUUUUGUUGUAUCCAAUAGCAAGGCCAAAGUUACUGUUUUCCUCAGUUCAAGGCUUCAUGGUAGUGACACCAACGAGUGGUUUAACUUUCCCCAGUGCUGAAUAUCUGGAGAUCAAAGCUUUAGACAAGGCUUUAGAUGUCGACAAACCAAGUCACGUGAUAUUAAAUAUGGAGCACUUGUCAUUCAUGGAUUUCUCUGGGAUUCAGGCCAUUAAAUCUUUACUGGCUGAGUGUGAGGUCAAUGAAAUAAAACUAAUCCUAGCCCAGGGUCAGAAACGAGUCAGAAGACAACUUAAGUUAGCUCACAUCACCAACUUGAUCAUUGUUCAGACAGUUCAAGAGGCUAUCAAUAAGUUUACUUUGGAAAUGACUUUAGAUGAGAGCAGAGAUGGUGACGGUCAUUACGUUGUACGUUCUUGUAUGACACGCUUAUAAGAGAUCUGGUCCAAUAAGAAAUCAACCAACAUUAUAUUCAGAAAGAUAAUGAUACAAUGAUGUGAUGCAACAAAGAUAUUGUUAUAAAUCGGGAAUAAUUUUAAUCGAUUUUAAUCGGGGGAAAUGGAAUAUUGAAUAUCCUGACCAGGUUUUUUUUUUUGUUUUUUUUUAAGCUGUUUUUGACUUGGUUUUGAUUGCCAUGACUACGGCCACUUUGCUAGUUCUCAAUAACACUUUAAAACAUC